CCUGAGCUUAGUUUCCCAAGUUUCUCUUUAAUGGAUCUAUGGAGCUCAUGGCUGUCCCGAAAAAGAAGGUUUCUCGCCAUAAAAGAGGAAUAAGAAAUGGACCAAAAGCUCUAAAACCCAUUCCCGUAAUAGUCCGAUGCAGAAGUUGUGGCCGUGUCAAGCUUCCACAUUUCUUCUGUUGCAGUGGGAAUAGGAUUAAUGGUGGUGACCAAAAUGGUUCAACAAUUGAUCACAUCCUUUACUUUUGAAGCAUCAUAUCGCGGUCUUGAAACUUUCUCCAAUCCUAAACCAUACCAACCUGAGCUUUAAUCUAAUCUCUACAGAGUCGUUACAACCAGUUGUAAAACCAACGAAAGCCAAACCUGGCUUUAAAACCCUUGCUCCAUUCUCUCUGCUUUUCUAGUUCACUCUCUAGAUUGUUCGAAUCAAAGUUCUACCUUCUAGAUUUACUUAUGUAUUUUUCUUGAGUUUUAAGUUUUCAAAAUAUUAAAUCUGAAUCAUUGAAAUUUAGUCUGAACAGUUUAGAUAGUAAGUAAUGAAGAGAAAGAGCAUGUGAGAAGAUAGGGUAUUAUAUUUGGCCUCCCCUUUCUUGGUAAAGACCGUUUUUGUAUGUCGUCUUCUUCUCAAGCGAGAAGUGGUGAAUAUGGUGCCGUUUUAUGC